CCUGCUGCUCAGUCAUUCCCUCCUCGCUGCCCGGCUUUCGGGUGCUGCUGGCAUUUUCGGAGCAGCCUGGAUGCAAACGGCACCAGGGGGAGGAAACAGCUCGGCGUGAAUAAACGGUGCUUCAUCAGGCAGGUUUUGUUUUCCUGGAAUCACAGAACGCUGUGCAUUGAAAGGGAUUGUGAAAAAUCAGCCAAUUCCACGGGCAGGGCCACCUUCCACCAUCCCAGGCUGCUCUGAGCUCCAUCCAGCCUGGCCUGGGACACUCCCAGSGAUGGAAAAUCCAUUCCAGAGCCUGCUGUCCCUCACAKGGAAGAAUUCCUUCCCUGUAUUGAAGCUGAAUUUCCCCUCUUUGUUUGAACCCAGAUGACAUUUCGCAGGCAGAGCUAUCCUUGCUCAGWGUCUGUGAGCCGUGCUGGCUCCCACAGCGAUUCCCCGGGUUCUGGAGCUGCUCCUGCCCCGAUAACUCUUUAUUUUCCCCCAUCCCAGAGCCGGUGGGAAGGGCAGCCCCCCUUCCGUGCCCGCCGCAGCCAUGGAGGGGGGCGUGCAGCUCCUGAACCGCGACGGGCACAGCAUCUCGCACAACUCCAARCGCCACUACCACGACGCCUUCGUGUGCAUGAACCGCAUGCGACAGCGGGGACUGCUCUGCGACAUCGUCCUGCACGUGGCCACCAAGGAGAUCAAGGCCCACAAGGUGGUGCUGGCGUCGUGCAGCCCCUACUUCCACGCCAUGUUCACAAAUGAGAUGAGUGAGAGCCGCCAGACCCAUGUGACACUGCACGACAUCGACCCCCAGGCGCUGGAGCAGCUGGUGCAAUACGCCUACACGGCCGAGAUCGUGGUGGGAGAGGGCAAUGUGCAGACCCUUCUCCCUGCUGCCAGCCUGCUUCAGCUCAAUGGUGUGCGGGACGCUUGCUGCAAGUUCCUGCUCAGCCAGCUCGACCCCUCCAACUGCCUGGGCAUCCGGGGCUUUGCUGACACCCACUCGUGCAGUGAUCUCCUCAAAUCUGCCCACAAGUACGUCCUCCAGCACUUCGUGGAGGUGUCCAAGACAGAGGAGUUCAUGCUGCUGCCCCUGAAGCAGGUUCUGGACCUCAUUUCCAGUGACAGCCUCAACGUGCCCUCGGAGGAGGAGGUGUACAGGGCUGUGCUCAGCUGGGUCAAACACGACGUGGACAGCAGGAGACAGCACGUGCCCAGGCUCAUGAAAUGCGUGCGGCUGCCKCUGCUGAGCCGGGAUUUCCUGAUGAGCAACGUGGACACGGAGCUGCUGGUGCGGCACCACUCGGAGUGCAAGGACCUGCUCAUCGAGGCUCUCAAGUACCACCUGAUGCCCGAGCAGAGAGGGGUCCUGAGCAACAGCCGGACGCGGCCGCGGCGCUGCGAGGGUGCCAGCACCGUGCUGUUCGCUGUGGGUGGAGGGAGCCUGUUUGCCAUCCACGGUGACUGCGAGGCGUAUGACACGCGCACCGACCGCUGGCACAUGGUGGCCUCCAUGUCCACUCGCCGGGCCCGYGUGGGGGUGGCGGCCAUCGGCAACAAGCUCUACGCUGUGGGCGGCUACGAUGGGACCUCUGACCUGGCCACGGUGGAGUCCUACGACCCUGUCACCAACUCGUGGCAGCCCGAGGUGUCCAUGGGCACCAGGAGGAGCUGCCUGGGGGUGGCAGCUCUCCAYGGGCUCCUCUACGCAGCCGGGGGCUACGAUGGGGCCUCGUGCCUCAACAGCGCCGAGAGGUACGACCCCCUGACGGGCACCUGGACCUCCAUCGCCGCCAUGAGCACCCGCAGGCGCUACGUCCGCGUGGCCACGCUAG